AUGAGAAACCAAAAACCGGCCAACUGCAGAGAGUGGUCCCUGGCCAUGCUACAGAAGGCGUACCGUUCUUCGUGUCGGCGACAUGGCUCGUGGGACCGAAUGAAUUUAUGUCUGCAUGACUUUUUGUCUUUGUUCCCAAGAACCUUCGAGCUCUUCGGAGCUCAAGAGCAGCUGGUGCGGCCAUUUCGGAGCUCGGUCUCCAGCGUGGCCGACGGCGAGGAGGAGGUCAUGAAGCGCUUGGCCAUGGCGAAGCAGGUGGGGGUCGUCCAGGCCCACACUCCCGUCGGCGGGGGCAAUCCAAGGCUGUCGGCGCCGACGCCGGACAUCCUGUACACCUCGGCGAAAGCCUGGUAUAUCCCCAGCCGUUCCACGCCGUGGGCCCGGCUCGUCACGGAGAUCCAGUGCAAGGACGUCGUAUGCGUCGCGACCAACUUCUGCGUCGUAUGCAUCGCGGCCAACUUCAGCGGCCUCCUCCUAUCCGAGCGCAAACGCGUGGCUCGCCGGCUCGUUGGGCGCCGCAAGAAGGACAUUUUGCGAAACUACACGAACGACCUCCUGCUGGAGGAGGUGCGUCAUGUCUGGGUGUUGGAGCAGAUGUUCCCUGAACUGAUGGAGCUUCCCAGAACUAAGAGCUGUCGCUGUGAGACGGGGCCAACUGUCUCCAAGACCGCUGCAGCAGCUCUGCGCGACGUUGGCGACACCCGGGGUGAGGCUUUCGCUCUUCUUCAGGAGGUCGGCUCUGCCUAUCUUGACAAGAAUGAGGUGGACUCGGCGCUGAGAGUGGCGUCCGCUGCAUUGCGGCAGCUGCGAACCUGCGAGGAUUUGUCCGGCGAAGUUACCGCACUCAAGGCAACCGCGGAGAUCCACUUGACUCGCGGAGACACCGAGCCUGCGCUGCGGUUGCUGCAGGAGGUCGUGAGCCUCUGCCGAGACUCCGGGGACGUCGAGGACCAGGUGGACGCCUUGAUCCGCAUCGCGCGGCUCUGGGUCCUUCGGAGCGAGCCGGAGGAGGCCACGAAAGCGGCGAAGGCCGCGCUGGAGGCGGCGCAGGCGGCAAAGAAGGACCUGGCGGAGGCGCAGGCGCUUCUGGGCCUUGCCGGGGUCCUGAAGGCCAAGGCGGAGCUCGCUGGAGCCCAGACGGAGGCCGGCAAGGCGGAGAAGCUUUUUAAGAAGUGUGGCCAUCGACCCGGAGAGCUGGCAGCUCUGAUGCUGAGCUGGUCCGCCAUGGUCCAAGAGGGGCCUCAACAGGUGGCUCAAGUGGUCCAGGCAGCCAAGAAGGCGGCAGAGGCCUUCAAGUCUGCUGGCGACCAGCAGUGUGCGGCCGAGGCUUUUUUGGAAGCCAGCGCUGCCAGCAGGGAGCAUGGGCAAGUGGAGGAAUCUGCAAGCACGGCUGCUGCUGCCUUGCAGCUCUUUCGCCAGCUGGGGCACACGAGCGGCGAAGUCAAGGCACUUGGUGCAGUGUCAGCAGCCGAGCGGGCCAGGGGCCGUGUGGCCGAGAGCGUUAAGGCCGCCGUGGACGUCGUUUCUUUGUACCAGCGAAGAGGGGACACCCGGGGCCAGGCAGAAGCUACUUGCGAGCUGGCCAAGGUGCACUUGGCCCUGGGCUUGCUGAAGGACGCUUUGUCAGAGGUUGGCGAGGCGCGCUUGCUGUUCCAGAAGCUCGGGCAUCUCCAGAUCCAAGAAGCAGCGGUGCUCGUGGAAGUCGGCGUCCCGACUCUCAUGGCCUUGAGCGACCCUCCCAAGGCGGUGGCCAUGGCCGAGGACGCCGCGAAGUUGUACCGGGCCUUUGGAGACAG